UUUUAUAUAGUACUAAUAAAAUGUCUAGUCAAAAUUAUAUUACUCGGUUCUACAAUAUCACCUGCAAAUGCAAAUUCUGAUACGCGGAAUAUCAUGAUCUGCAAAAAAUUUCCUUUUCUUUUACGUGAUAUAGUUGAUAUAGAGUAAUUCCACACAACAUUUUUACAUUUUUCAAUUAGAAUGCGACCCGACGAGUACAAGCAAUCACAAUCACGAAAAUAUCAAGCAAAAUUACGCUCUCGAGACUCAGAAGCUUCUAAAGAAAUACAGGAAAAACGAAAAGAGCGAAGUUCAAAGUCACGAGGUGGUCUUCAGAAUAAAUCUGGCGAUAAAGAAUAUAAAGAAACUGAGGAAAUAGGCGAAGAAAAUGAUAAGCCUAAACGACAAAGCUUUCGAAAACGAAAAGUUGAAAGUAAUUCUUACCGAUAUAAAGAUAUAUCUGAUACAGAAGAAGCUAUAGAUGGAAUUGAUUUAGGAACUAGAAACUUGUUACAAAUGAUCGAUGAUUCAGAAACUCGAUCUUUUGAUCCUUCAAUAUAUUUUCAAUUCAAAGAAGAAAAGGAUUGGGAUACAUCAGUUGAUGCUUCAGUAAAUGAAGAUGAGAUUUAUCAAAAUUUGAUGAAUAUACGUUUCGAUGAAUUAGAAUUAUCAUUGUCUAAUGUAUCAUUAGCCGAGAGAUUGGAUUUAAUCGAUGAUAUUUUUACUGAAAAACAAGAAACUAACGUAGAUUCAAGCUUAUAUACCACGGGUCCUAUUGUUCCAAAAACAGUGAGAAACAUUCCUAUUGUUCCGCAAAAAUUUAUAUCAAAGAAUGUUAAACCCAUCGAAAUACCAACAAGUGUGCAAAGUUCAACUUCGAACAAUAUAAUAAAGGAGCCACAAAGUAAGAAAACGAUUGAGAUCGAUUUAGGGAAGAAAAUUGUUGCUAAUAAUGCAUCACAAGCGUCUGCAUCCACAAAUAAGAAGCCAAUUUCGCAUUCAUUAAUAAGUAAUAAAGACGAUGAUGAUAUUGAUGACUUUUUGAAAUCACUAGAUGAAGAAAAUGCCAAACAAAUUAAACCAACUAGUUCCUUGCCAAAUAAUAAAAGGGGAACAAAAAAAAUUAGUAUUAACUUGAAAAAUCAAAAUAAAAUAACUGCAGGAAAAAAUGAUGAUGAUACAGAAGAUUGGUUAGACGAUAUUUUAAAGUAGUUUAUUAUUUAUUUUAGCAAUUAUUUAAACUAAUGAAAUUAAAAUACUUUAAUCCUAAUAAAAUUAUUCUAUAUUGUUGUAAGAUAAUUUAUU